AUGUCUACUCAGGACAUCCACUCCAACGGCUCCAACGAGCUCUUGGACUCCAUGGAUCACCUCAAGAUAGAGGACCGCCUCGGACCCGACGGCGAACCCGCCCCUAAGACGGACGAGGAGUAUGCUCAGGCCCAGCUCACCCUCCGCGCCAUUGUCUCUUCCAAGGAAGCCGGUGUCAUCAUCGGCAAGGGCGGCAAGAAUGUCGCCGACCUCCGCGACGAGACCGGUGUGAAGGCCGGCGUCUCCAAGGUUGUCCAGGGUGUGCAUGACCGUGUCCUCACCAUCACAGGAGGCUGUGAUGCCAUUUCUCGCGCAUAUGCAAUUGUCGCACGUGCGCUUCUGGAGGGUGCUCCCGCCAUGGGCAUGGGCGGCAUUCUCCAAGGCAACGGGACUCAUCCAAUCAAACUGCUGAUCUCGCACAACCAGAUGGGCACCGUCAUUGGCCGUCAAGGCCUCAAAAUCAAGCAUAUUCAGGACGUAUCUGGAGUCCGCAUGGUUGCUCAAAAGGAAAUGCUUCCUCAGUCAACCGAGCGAAUUGUUGAAGUUCAGGGCACACCCGAAGGCAUUCAGCGCGCUCUCUGGGAGAUUUGCAAGUGUCUCGUCGAUGACUGGCAGCGCGGCACUGGCACCGUCUUGUACAACCCAGUUGUCCGCACCCAACCCGGCACCACAGGCGGCACCGGUAGCACCGGUAGCUUUGGCGCCACUGGCAACGGCCGCGCCGAAUACAGCAGCCCUCGUGUCAUGCGCACCGGCAACGGCUCCGACUUUAGCAACGGUGGUGGUGGCACUCGCCCCUUUUCUCGUCGUUCCGACUCGGAUGCCGCCUCACGCGGCCCUCCCACCCACGACGAGAAUGGCGAGGAGAUUCAGACCCAAAACAUCUCUAUCCCCGCGGACAUGGUCGGAUGCAUCAUUGGCCGUGCCGGUAGCAAGAUAUCCGAGAUUCGCAAGACGUCCGGCGCUCGCAUUUCCAUUGCCAAGGCCCCCCAUGAUGAAACCGGCGAACGCAUGUUUACCAUUAUGGGUACCGCCAAGGCCAACGAAUCGGCACUCUUCCUCUUGUACGAAAACCUCGAAGCUGAAAAGAUGCGCCGGAGCCAGCUCCAGGACACCGAGUAG